AUGUCUGGGUCAAGUUGGUAUAUAAUUGGCGCAUUUGUUAUUAUUUUACAACAGAUUGUUCCCGUAGUACUGCAGAAAGGUAUGUAGAAGCUAACUUUUAAAGCAUAUUGAACUAAGUUAGCUUUAUAGCUAUGUGAAGAUGUCAUUUAUUACUUAUUGGAGUUCUUUAUUAAUACGUUAAAUGCUUGUCUGGUAUUUUAGAUAGGACAUAUUAUUGUAUAGGAGCAAACAACAAGUUCUAAACGACUAAAGUAAAUUAAACAUGUUUGCUCUGACAUCAGCGGCCAUAUCUCGUUAAUUCAGAUGUUGGGUAUUUUUUGAUGAACGCUGAUGUCAGCGAUGUAUUGAAAUUUCGGUAAGUUUCUGAGUGAUUGUUUGACAUGGCCAGAAAUCACGGACAUUUCGUUUCUCAUGAGGUUUCACGUUACCAUGAUGCACGCGCAUCCACGCAACAAUGGCUGCGCAAUGCCCUAUGUUUAUUUUCAGGCGAGCGGAGUAUUUUCAAUAUAAUAUUUUCUAUAUAUAAAUCUUGGAAUAUUUGUUGAAAUUGGUUCCAGAAGUAGCGGUCGUAUAGUAGCACAUUGAAAAAAAUGUUCUCAUUACUUUGUAUAGUCGCUCAGGCUCUGCUUUUUGCGAUUGAAUAUUAAAACAUUUGACCUCACUUUACAUAGGAAUCUAUGAAAGGUUUCUCGUUCAAAUGGCUAUAUAUCUCGUGAUAUAUUCAAUUAUCGACAUUUGUUGAAAUCAUUUUAUUCUAGUUGACGAAUAGUAUAUAUAGCCGUGUGAUCCGCCGUUUAUUAUUUUGUUACACUCGAUAAAAGCCCUGCUUUUUGUUUUGAAAUCCGCAAGCCGGUGUGUUAAAUGAGCGAAGCCAUAUACUUCGCGGUUGAAAAGUGAUAUUCCAUUCGCUUGCAUGUUAAACUCGAAAUAUUGAUUGCCUUGCUACAUGUUUGGUACCAGAAGACUCGUCUAAAUCUUCUCAUUUCAUUUCAUUUCAUUUCCACAGUCGUUGCUUAAUACUACACCCUGAGCCUGCUACACUAAUGGCCCCAACUUGAUUGCAUACUUCAUGCUUUGCUUUAUAAACAACACCCGCGCGAAUAUUUGAAAUCCCAGAUGCUUUGAUAGGGCGUGAAAGGAUAAUUAGGAAUUCUUGUGGAUAAACAGAAAGGUUGCUGACCGAUUGGUUGAGAACAGAAGAAUAAGCAUAGUGUCAGAAAAUGUUCUCUCCGCUGAACUGUUUGCCCUCGACACCUUUAUCUCAAAUCCUUUGUGUUAAAAAUGCUUUGUUUUGCAAAUUUUGCCAGGAAACGUUGUCACAUAACAAAGUCCCGAAAGUUCAAUCACUUUAAGUACAGGAAACAUUGUUACCUCAACACUUAACCCACCCAUACUCCAGUCUGCAGUUCCGUCCAUUCUUCUGAGUCCAGUCCCAUCUAUUCAAUAGAGUUCGGCCUUUAUACAAACUUCGCCAUCAUCGUCUGACGUUUCGCCUGGCAGCUCAGUGUCUCCUGACAGAGAACAAUGUAGAUUUAAUUCUGCGAUUUAAUUUUGCACUGAUAAACGAGUGGCCCUCAAUAGACAAUUGCCGCGAUUCCAGCUUUUAAUUUAUGCGCGCAGGGGGUGACGGGAAGUAAGGUAUCAUAUUGCUGAUCAAAGCUGGAAAUAUACAGAAAUUAAAGUUAUUCUUAUUAUUAUCAGCUGAGAGUGAAGGCCACCUGUAAUAACCAUAUAGGCUAAUCGAGACAGGUGACCUCUAUAAUGAAAAGUAAUAAUUUUAUAGAGUUGGAAAAGUUAGAUACGGACAUAAAUUAUCAAUAAAUAUAAAUAACAGGCACAGAAUACACGUACACACGAUUUUUCCAAACCAAUGUAAAUGAAUAUGAUACCUUACUUUCCAUCUCCCCCAUAAACUAAAAUAAAAGCUGGAUUGCUUAUUCACUGCACAAAAUAAAUUACAUAUACAUAAAACAAGUUUAAAAAACUACACUAUAGAAUAGGUACAAAUAGAUAUAUAAAAGCAUACAUAUAUACAUCGUGGUUAAAUUGACCAGACUAUUACAGAACAAAGUAUUGUAGUACGGGCGUGGUACAAAUAUAUACAAAAUUUGCGAACUUCACAGGGCUAUGUUUUCCUCAUUUUGCAACAUUUAAGCAACCAAUUGAAACUUUGCAAUUUUUCUCAUUUUAAGAUGUUCGUUCCAGCUAUGGUAAUGGAGUUCUAGUUAAUUUGAUCAGGAGAACAUCGUGGUUAAAUUGACCAGACUAUUUUUCUUUCUCUCGAUGUAUAGGUACUAACAGUACAAGCUGUGAGGAUAAGGAAAAAUUUUUCAAUAACCAAACCAUAACCAACUCAACGAACAACUCGUUACUUGGGUUUCUCCUUCUAUGCACCACAUCCACCGUGUUUGAAGUGCGGUAUACAAAUAAACAUCUAUGCACCUGUGGUAGAUAUGUAGGAAGUAAAAAAGAUGGCAUAGUUAAACCUUGUCAUGCACGCUUACCUUUGAACUUUACCGUGCAAAUAUCAGUCGAGAAAGUUCGCAAUCGAUGGGGUGAAAACUGCACAUUUCAUUUUCUAAAUGUUGGUGCACGUCAAUCUUUUGAUGUACAAUUGAUGACAAUUUUGCCAGGAAAAAUUUUCACAUCACAACCUUCCGAUCGAAUCACUUUAAACACAGGAAACAUUGUCACCCCAACACCUAACCCAUCCAUCAUACUCCUGUCUACAGUUCCGUCCAUUCGCCAGAGACCAAUCCCAUCUAUUCAAACGAGUUCGUCCUUUAUACAAAAUUUGCCAUCAUCGUCCGAAGUUACGCCUAGCAGCUCAGUGUCUCCUGACAGCGAAAAAGUUAGAUUUAAUGCAUGUGAUCUGCGAUCAUAUGAACUAUAUUCAUGAGCCGAUAUAGCUAAAACCCCAGUUUACCGAUGCAUGUAGUAUAGGAAAAAUUACACGGUUCGAGAAGUAUUAAUGAAUCGCACGUACACGUGUUUGGUGAAAUAUUUAUGAUACCGCUCGUGCGGCACCAAGUGUAACUGGGAUAGCUUAACCCAUGGCCAUGCCUAUGUCGGCUUAACGAACAGUAGUUUCUUCGUGAAGCAAGUAUAUUAUUACCUCUGCAGAUAUGUCCAACUAUAUAUACUUCAGAUAUUGUAUGUUGAUGAAACUCCUUAAGAGUUUGAGUGUGUUUUACUUCCUACAAUAUUCUCAAUUUAGUCGUUUGUGCAUACGAAAUUGUAGCCUGCCUCUGUAUCAUCCAAAUAACUAAGGGAGCGGUCAUUAUUUAUGGCGGGGGUCGCACCGAAGAGAAAAAGGUUAGGGUAAACAAAAUUUUGAGUGAAUUUUAAAAAUGGUUAUUUUUAUUUUAAAAGCAUGGUUCACUCAAAUAUUGAAGACUAAAGAGCAAUGUCAACAGUCAUAAUUUAUGUCAAUACAAUAUGUAAAUCAAUCAAUCAAUAUCAGAGUCACUGUCUUGAUCAUUUUCUGAUUUGUCAGGAGGCAUAUGGUGUCUCCAAAGAAAGUACAUGUGCAGACAGCAUGAAUCUUCGGACUGCAGAAAAUUGCACAAGCAGUUAAAAAUCAAACUCAUGUCACAGAAGUGGUAAAAGAUAUGUGUGACAACUGAAUGGUUUCCGUUUUGUAAAGUUUUUGGCCAGGGGGUAUUUAUUUUUAAUUGAUAUUUAAGGUUGCGUAAACAUAUUUUCAGUGACUUUUUAAUGUUUGAUCAGCAACAUUUUUACCAAGAAAAACGUUUCUCUUCAGUGUCACCCCCCGCCAUAAGUAAUGACUGGUCCCUAACAAACAGACCCAGAAACAAUCUAGCAAAUGAAUAGUUUGGAUAAACAACUAACGUACAUAUUUUCUUUCUCUUUAGACGUCUGCAGAAAACGGGAAAAAUUCUUCAGUCAAUACACGGUACCCAAAGAACGCAACAAAUCAUUGUCGUCCUUUAGACUCCAAUGUACCGCACAGCCAAUUGUCUUCGAAGUACGGUAUAAAGAUAAACAACUAUGCGUUUGUGGAAGAAUAACUAAAGCGAAUAAACCGAUUUUUCCAAAUUGUCCUAAAAGAAUCCCUUUGGAUUUCACCGUGGUUAUAUCAGCUGAAAAGGUUCGCAGUCAAUGGGCUGACAAUUGCACAUUCAUUUUCAAUUUUGGAGGCGGUGCUAAAACUACACUACGUUUGGGAAUUUUACCAGUAACGCUUAUGACAUCACAUUAUGUUAUCGCUAAGACUGUAACUAGAACAUCAGUGGUUACUCGCUUAUUCACUUCUUAUAUUACAAGUACCAUAAUCCUUAAUGGUACUGUAGAGAUUGGUCAGCCUUUGGCUACGUCAUCACCAAUGGUUAGCCGAUCAGAGCUUAGAAAUUCUGCGCCGAGUUCAGGACAAAUAAGGUUGGUAAAAACGGACCUGGAUCCCGAUCUGAGUAACGUCAGUUGUCUCAGAAAAAAGAUUGUGUCUUUAAAGAAAGUACAUGUGCAGACAACAUGAAAUUUUAUCACAGAAGUGAUAACGGUCGUAUUACGACAACUGAAUGGAAUCCUUUUGUAAAGUUUUUGGCCAGGGGCAUGGAUAUUUAUUUUUAAUUGAUAUUUGUGGCCUUCGCUCGAAACGUCGCGAUCGAGUUUCUGCUUGUUUAUUUCAGGUAGUAAUAUAACCACUCAGCACAGCAAUUUCACAUUGGUGCUGCCCACACUGGUACAGACAGUUUUAGUAAAAAUAUUUUGGAUGGUUGAUCAGCAACAUUUUUACCAAGAAAAAUUCAUUCAGAAAACUCACAUUUCUCUUCGGUGUCACUCCCCGCCAUAAAUAAUAACUGGUCCCCAACAGACAGACCCAGAAACAAACUACAGAAAAUAAAUAGUUUGGAUAAAUAAUACUUUGGAUUUGUUGUUGCAUACAUGAUGGCGUAACGUAUAUAGUCAAAUUUUACAUUGUUUUACGUACUUUUCAUGAGUAAAAAGAAAAAAUCUGAGGAACAUGAAAUACUUAUGUCAGGUGUGGACAAAAGUUGGCACAAAGGAUAGGGUGUUGGUGGAACAAUGGGUAUUGCAUGUGCCUUAACACCACUCUGACCAAGGUUUGAUUCCUGCGAUAUGUUGCGGUCUGAUUAUAAUUUCACUUCAGUUAGAUUUUCACUCAUUUCCAACCAUGAAGCUGGCUUUACGUCAUUUGAUCAAUUUCUAAAGCUGAUAUAGUCUUAUUGGAUUUAUUUUAUUAUUUUGGGGUUAGAGUUAGGAUUAGGGGUUAAAGUAGGGGUAGGGUUUGGGUUAGUUAUAUACGUAGCCAUUUAACACCUCUUCCAUCCUCCGAAAAUGACUCAGUUCACGUCAGUUUGGUAAAUUGAAACAAUUCGCACUUUAACUCAUUUACAGUAGAAAUAUACCAACUCAAGUCUUUUUAAGUUCUUUGAAUGUUUGCAUGGCGAUAAAAUAUAAUUGUUUUUGUUUGUGGAAACCUUAUUGUUAUUUUUUAUUUCUUGAUCACUUUCACGAAAGAAUAAGAAAAGCCUGACACCAAUUAUUUAAUAUUUAAAUGAUAUUUUUAUUUUUAGCUCUACUAUGAUAAAUCCGGAACCUUCUCAAGGUCCAGUCCUUACUGUUGAACAUUCUGAAGGUUUCCCUUUCUAUACUGCAAUUGUAAUCACUCCAACACGUAAUCAAUCAAUACUCCAGUCUACAGUUCUGUCCAUUCGACAGAGUCCAAUUCCAUCUAUUCUCCAGAGUUCAGAUCUUGUCACGCCCAGUCUAGCAACCGAAUCAGUGAUGAUAACGUCUUCGUGGAAAGAGAGCGCUGUGUUGAAGGCCUUGUCAUCCAUACAAGCUUCGCCAACUACGCCGGAAGUUUUGCCCAGCAGCACUUUGACUCCUGAAGGUAGGCCGGGUUUGUGCAUGUGAUCUCUUGUUAUAAGAUUUUAUUUUUACAUGAUGGUUCGGCCGGUGAAGUGGUGUUAUAUGCAGUCGUGAGCUACUCGAAAGGCUGUAAAAAUUUGUUUACGGUCAAAAAGCGUCUUCUGUUCCAUCAUAAAUCCUAAAUAAUCGCGCAUCUUCAAUUGUAAAAUAUGCAAUUUACCAAACAACUUAUAUUCAAAUAGGCGCACAGUUUGCACCAGAGGCAUGGUCAGUGGGAGGGGGGCUAACUUCUUAAAUUUAAUGUUUUCAUCUAUGACAUAAAAUAUACCAAAUCUGCAUGUAGCUUUGAGAUGCAUGAAAUAGAGUUUCACAGACACUUAGAUAUCAAUUUCUUUAUUUGACUCUCCGUUAAGAUCCGUUAUUGGAAUCAGAUAUAUUAUCAGGGAACACCUAUUAUUGGCGACUGUUAAAAAUGUGGAUUGGGGGAAAAACUACUUGGAAGCUCUGUUGGCGAGCGACUAGAGAUGGAUGGGCAGCCAAGACCUUUCACUCAAACUGCGACUACAAGAAACGCACAGUAACAUUGGUGAAAGUUGGUCAAUAUAUCUUUGGCGGCUACGCUACGGCCUCUUGGGAAGGUAAUACAUUGGCAAAUCAAAGAGAGCAAAUCCCUUUCUUCCUUUCGGACGAAAAUCGCUGCUCACAUUGAUAAUUAAAGCAAAUAUAUGCAUCUGUAAAUACAUUAUUACCUCAUAUACUACAUCUUAUAUUUUAAUACUUAAUAUAUUUUAUACUUCAUUUUCUAUUUUGUAAAUAGCUUUUAAAUAUACUGCUUAACAGUACAUCACAACAUUUAGUGCUAUUGGGAAGAAUGUUCCAUCUAACCUUUCCAGCAUUUUAGUUUCAUUUGAUACCGUAUUAAUUUUAUCUCGCUCUUUCUAUUUUAAUUUAACAUAACAAUGUUUACGCUAUAAUUAACAGGCUUUGACCGCUGGAAAAAGGCCAAGGGAUCUUUCAUAUUUUCUCUACGAAAUAAAGAAAAUCUCCCGCCGUUUACGGCUCCACUGAAAGAUGAGAAUACUUGGCACGCAAUUUAUGCGGAUCACAGAUACGGACCAACAUUUGGAUAUGGUCAUGAUCUUUACAUAGCGGACAAUGCUAUUUCGAGUACACCGAGUCAUUCAAGCACAAAUUUUAAUACGACCUACCAACCUCCUUCUGGCAUCAGCGGUAAGGUUAUCAAAAUCUUGGCUGGGACAUUCAGAUUCUCUCCUUCGCAAGUUGAGGUUUUUUAUCUUGUGUAGAACUAACAUCAGUAUACAUUUAGUGUAGUAGUAUACUUACUGGCAUGUUUAUUUUGUAAAACAGUCUUGAAUUUAGCUUAAACACGUAAAAAUCUGUGUUCGCACUGCUUCCAAGUUGUUAUCAUUGAUUCCUCUUUUGGGGAUGAUUAAUUAAAUCAUCAAUCAAUCAAUCAAUCAAUCUUAUUACAAGGUUGAUGAAGGCAUGAAGCUAACAGAUUCGCAACAAGUCAGUGUUCCAACAAGUCUGCUUUCGUCUGCACGCGUAACAAGUUCAAGUUGAUGACAACAAGCUCGAAGCAACUUGUUACGCGGAACAGCCUGUACUACAACUGACUUUCAAAUGUUGGUGGGACACAUGUAGUUUAAAGUAGUCUCUGUUUUAGAGUGUAUAAGUGGAUCAUUACUGUUUGUUAAACGCAUUACUGCUCCUCUCCCACCCCCAACCUUCUCCAUUUAAAUACCAAACCACAUCAAAUCUGACGUGAAAAAUGGCACACAACAUUGAACAGGGGGCAGAAUGACUGAAGUUCGUGUUCCAGAUAUAUAUGGACAUCACUGGUCAAAUCAGGUUAUAGCACCAAAUUAUUUGACCCAAAUGUUUAACACUUGCGAUAAUCCCCGUUAUUACUGCGUUAACCAUAAAUCUUUCGUUAUAGAUAAGCCCAAAACCAACUUCCACAAGCGAAGUUUUUCUUACAGAGGAGCUGUGAGCUGGAGUAGUCUAGAUCAGUCAUAUGAUCAAAGUCUGCCUCGUACCCAGGCGUCUCUGUAAAAAAACAGUGAUGCCCAUAUGACGUGUUUACAUGAAGUAUUGUAGUGGGGAGAGAUGGCGAAGGGGCUGAUGGGAAGGUACCCUUCCCAACAGCCCCUUCGCGCGUCGGAUGCCUACCUGAAUACUUCAUGUAAGCGCCUGGGUACGAGGCAGUGAUCAAAGUAACGUUAACUCUAUAUCUCUCAAUUCCUUCAAAAAACAUCUAUAGAUAACGAUUGGGAUCGAACGAAAGAUUUGGUAUUGUCGAGAUCGACAUCUUAAAGAUGUUUGGGGCAUUUGUUAUCAUUUUUCAACAGAUUGUUCUAGUAAUAAUCAUAAUAAUAAUAACCCCCCGUAGCUGAAAUCCGCACUUGAGAAAUUUGAGCUCAACCCCGCGGAUAAAUCUGUAGCAGUGAAUAUACACCCUGGCCUGAGCGUACGUAUAGUCGUAUACGCGCCACAGGAAUCGUUAAGUAGAUCACGUUCGAAACGGUAUAAAACCGGUACAAAUUAAAUGCUGUAGGAUUAAAGCCAAAGGUCCGUAUAAAUUUGGGUCCGAACGAAGAAUUUGAUUUUGUCGAUCGAAGCGCGAAAUCGUAACCUGUUUAUUUUCUCAAAGAAUUUAUAAUCUUAGUAUUUAAAGAUGUCUGAGCCAAGUUGGUGUCUUAGUGUCUUAUUUGUUAUCAUUUUUCAACAGAUAGCGUCGCAGACAGCCGGGGCUGAUAAGCGUAUGUAUAAAAAGCUAAAUUUUAAAAUACAGUAUGUUGAAACAAGUUAGUGAAGUUACCUUUAUCUUACCUAUGUUAAUUGUGUUAUUGUACACUCUGUAAUAUGUUAAGAUGAAAAUGUUCUAGAGUGUGUAUUAUAUAAUUUCCAUACCCAACGCAAGCAGAAAAAUCCGUCUGACCGUGUAGCUCAGUUGGUAGAGCGUCGAUCUGGUAAUUCGAAGGUCGCGGGUUCAAGACCCAGCCGCGGCAGACAACAUCUUUCUGCUUGCGCUGGGUAUGGAAAUUAUAUAAUACACACUCUAGAACAUUUUCAUCUUAACAUAUUACAGAGUGUACAAUAACACAACUAACAUAACACUUGCAGAACUAGUAUUGUUCGAUGCUGAAUUAAUAUAAACGAGUAUGUUUAUGGCAUUCAGUAUAUAUUUCAUAAUUUCCAGUCUUAAAAUCCGUCUGACCGUGUAGCUCUGUUGGUAGAGCCGACAUCUAGUAAUUCGAAGGUCGCGGGUCUGCUUGCGCUGGGUAUGGAAAUUAUAUAAUACACACUCUAGAACAUUUUCAUAUAUAUAUAUAUAUAUAUAUAAUAUAUAUAUAUAUAUAUAUAUAUAUAUAUAUAUAUAUAUAUAUAUAUAUAUAUAUAUAUAUAUAUAUAUAUAUAUAUAUAUAUUAGAAGAUAUAUAUAACAUAUAGGCUAAAUGGCAAGAACAGUUAUUCAUGUUGAGUUUUUCUUUUCCAAAUAGUCGGUAAAUGUCCAUUUCCACCAGCAGUAGCAAAAUGUCCUCCCCCAGUCUCACUAUGUUCAGUUGAUGACGACUGUCCUGGAAGUCAAAAGUGUUGUGAUGAUGGGUGCGCUGGUUCAGAUUGCCUAGAACCACAGGGUAAAUAUUUGUGA